GGCUGAUAUCAUCAAUCACUAUUCAUUCAACAAACAUUGUUCUAUAUAUUCUCUCAUUUGCCUCCAUUUUUUUCUCUUCAAACCAAAUUCCUUUCAUAUUUCCCUUAAUCUCUUCAUUUUCUAACACACAAUAAUAUAUCUCUUCAAAUGGGUGAGAAAAAAGAAGAAACUAAAGCAGAGGUAGCAGAGAAGAAGAAUGAUGCCAUAAUCUUAAAACUUGAUUUGCAUUGUCAAGGAUGUGCUAAAAAAGUCAAACGUUCAAUUCGCCAUUUAGAAGGUGUGGAAGAGGUAAAGGCAGAUUGUGAAAGUGGAAAAUUGACAGUGAAAGGAAACGUGGAUCCUACAUGGCUCAAGGACAAAGUGGCUACCAAAACCAAGAAGAAAGUGGACCUCCUCUCCCCUCAGCCUAAAAAGGAAGAGAAAAAGCCAGAUGAUAAAAAGCAAGAUGAGAAAAAAGUGGAAGAGAAAAAACCAGAAGAAAAGAAGCCUAAAGAGCCACAAGCAAGCUCAGUGGUGUUGAAGAUUCGGUUGCACUGUGACGGAUGCGCACACAAAAUAAAGAGAAUUAUAAAGAAGAUUGAUGGGGUAGAUGAAGUCAAAGUUGAUUCAGAAAAAGAUUUGGUCACGGUAAAAGGAACAAUGGACUUAAAGGAAUUACUUCCAUACUUGAAAGAUAAAUUGAAACGAAAUGUUGAAAUUGUUCCACCAAAGAAAGAUGAUGGAGGAGGUGAAAAGAAAGCCAAAGAAGGUGGUGGUGGUGGUGAGAAGAAAGCGAAAGAAGGCGGCGGCAAUGGUGGUGGAGAGAAGAAAGAGAAAGAAGGCGGUGGUGGCGGCGGUGACGGAGAAAAGAAAGAGAAAGCAAGCAGUGAUGAGAAGAAAGAAGGUGAAUCAAAAGGUGAAGGAAGCAAAAGUGUAGAGACAAAGGCUGAAGUGAACAAACUAGAAUAUAAUGGUUACAAUGCACAAACUCAUUAUGCAAUGCCCAUGUACAACCAAAGUUACAUGAAUCAAGAUUAUGGCAUAAUGUACGAUCCUGGUUAUAACGCUAAUACGGGCUAUGUCAUGGAUUACGCCCACCACCAACCAUCAUAUGUACCACCAUCUCCUCCAACGACAUAUUUGCACAACGAACCUCACAUGUUCAGUGAUGAAAAUCCUAAUGGUUGCUAUAUCAUGUGAUUAAGAGAACCAUUCGAUCAUCAUCUCGUUGAGGGAGAGAGUUCAAGUGAUAUUGUAAAUGCGUCAAAUCAACAGUCUCAAGAGAAUGUCUCGAUAACUAAAAGAACACAACGAACUAUAAUUUACUAGUUUGAAUGAGAAGGUUUCCCUACUCUGUUAAUGCAUGUGAAAAGAAUCACAUAUAGACUUUAAAAAAAAUCAUGAAAUGUAUACGACGUGGUAUAGAUGAGGAUAUAGUUUCCUGUAAGGAAAUGUCAUUAGGUUAGAGAGGAAUGGUUAAACAGCCGGCCCGGCGGUUUAAUAAUGUUUUAAUAUAAUUAAUUAGGUUUAUCUUUUGACUUGUAUGCUAUUAGUUGGUAAUUAAUAAUAAGCUUAUUCAA